CGGUUGCCUGGCAACCAGGCUACCGUGCCUCCUCCUCCACGCCCCGCCCCGCGUGGACACGCUGCGGCCCAAUAGCGGCUGCGGCGUCCGGUCCUGUCUCCUGGAGACGGGGUCACGGCGGCGACCACCGGAGCGGUGCGCGGGGGAGAGCGGGCAGGCUAGAACCCUGUUCCCUUGCUAGAACAAGAAAAAUAAAAGCCAUCUUCCGAAGUCACUCAGUGUCUUGUCCUGAUUCUUCUCCUUCUGACUCUUUCUCUUCAGUGCGUGGCGCUGGGUUCCUCGUCGGGACGCAUUCACAUCCCCCCACAGCGGGGCGUGGAGCGCUCCGCCGGGUUCAGCUGAUGGCGGCGCGGUAGCGGGUGGCUUCCUUCUUGAAGGUUUAUCUGCCUAAGAAAAUACCAUGUUUCCACUCCCUUGCCAGUAAAGCAUCCUUAAGUAUGGAGAACUUCAUUCUUUAUGAAGAGAUAGGAAGAGGAAACAAGACCAUUGUUUAUAAAGGAAGAAGAAAGGGGACAAUCAAUUUUGUUGCAAUUCUUUGCACUGAUAAAUGCAAAAGAGCUGAAAUAACAAACUGGGUUCGUCUGACUCAUGAAAUCAGACACAAGAAUAUAGUGACAUUUCAUGAAUGGUAUGAAACGAGCAACCAUCUCUGGCUUGUAGUAGAGUUAUGCACAGGUGGUUCUCUAGAAUCAGUUAUCGCUCAAGAUGAACAUCUACCUGAAGAUGUAGUGAGAGAAUUUGGCGUAGAUUUGAUUACUGGUUUACACCACAUUCAUAACCUUGGGAUUAUCUUUUGUGAGCUGACACCUGGAAAGAUUCUGCUGGAAGGGCCUGGUACUUUGAAGUUCAGUAACUUUUGCUUGGCUAAAGCAGAUGGAGAAGACUUGGAAGAAUUUUUCGCUUUAGUUGGAUCUGAAGAAACAGGAGGAGAUGUUGAAAGCACUCCACAAAGAUAUCUGAAAAACAGGCUUCGAGGCUCUCCAUUAUACACAGCUCCGGAAGUACUAAAGGGAGAAGACUUCUCCAAGUCCAGUGAUCUGUGGUCCUUGGGAUGCUUACUUUAUGAAAUGUUCUCAGGAAGACCACCAUUCCUCUCAGACAACUUUUCUGAAUUAACUGAGAAGAUUUUGUAUGAAGAUCCACUGCCACCUAGGCCAAAGGGUUCUGAUUUUCAGAAACCUUCUGCAGAGUUCAUUAGCUUACUUGAUGGCUUGCUUCAAAAGGAUCCUCAGAAGAGGCUCAAUUGGACCGACCUAUUGCAACAUCCAUUCUGGAAAGACUCCCUUAACCAUUGUGAUGGUGAUUCUUCAGACAGCCAGGGCUUAAGCAAUGAAGACAUGGAGUCAUGGAAUACCAAAGAGCUGGAAGACGCUUGUAAAAACCUACCAUCUUCAAGAGCAGAUAAUAAGCUACUAAGCAAUUCUUUCAAAACAGUAGAAAAUCCGACUGAAUUGCGCCCCAAAAACGCAGUUGGUGAAUCAAAUGAAUCCAUAUUUCUUCUCAGUUCUCGUCCUACUCCAAGAACCAGCACUGCAGUAGAUGUCAAUGAUGUUGCUAUCGCCCCAAUCCAAAAUUCUCCACAAAAGGAUUCAUGCUUGACAAGGGCUAAAAAUGUGUGCUCAAGUCAGCAAGAUAUGGAAUCAGCAUUGAAAGAGCUCAUUUACACUGAAUCUGAUCUUAUCGUAACACCAAUCAUUGACAAUCCAAAGAUAAUGAAGCAAGUGCCAGUUAGAUUUGACUCAAAAGCUUUACAUAUACCAGCAUAUUCAGCUGAGAAGUUGUCAUCUCUGAAAGAUGUGGACUGGAACGACUUCUUGCAACAAGCAUGUUUGUUGCUUGAUUCCACCGAGAAGAAUCCAGGAACAGCACGUUCUAAACUGAAUUUACUGUAUUACCUCUGUGCUGUGGCUGUCCACAAGGAAGUUGCAAGCAGGCUAAUUAACUCUCAGCUGUUUCCAGUGUUAAUACAGCAGCUGCGUGCCGCUGCCAACUGGGAUAUACGUGCUAAAGUGGCUCGAGUGAUUGGUUUGCUGGCACUGCACACAACUGAGCUUGGAGAAAACGUACCUGUGUCUGAGGCAUUUAUACUUCUAACAGAACUCAUCAGAGAGAACUUCAGAAAUAGCAAAUUGAAACAAUGUCUUUUACCAGCACUUGGGGAGCUUCUUUAUCUUGUAGCCAGUGAGGAAGUAAAAAAAGAGCACCCCAGAGAAUGCUUGGCUGUUCCCUUGGUGGCUUACACUGUGCUAAUGAGGUGUCUUCGGGAAGGGGAAGACCGGAUAGUAAACCAUUUGGCAGCAAAGAUCAUUGAAAAUGUUUGCACUACUCUCUCCUGCUAUGCACAAGGAUUUAUUACAGGAGAAAUUGGACCUGUCUUAUGGUAUCUUUUCACACAUUCUACCAUAGAUUCUUUGAAAAUAACUGCUGUUUCGGCCUUAUGCAGAAUUACUCGUUAUUCACCCAGUGCUUUCCAGAGUGUCAUUGAGAAGGUGGGAUUAACAGCUGUACUAAAUUCCUUGGUAACUGGAAUAUGCAAAAUUCAGCAGAAUGUGCUCACCAUGUUUUCUGCAAUGUUGUCAUGUGGAAUUCAUCUCCAGAGGCUGAUGCAAGAAAAGGAAUUUGUGACUACAGUUAUUCGUUUACUUGAAAGUCCUUCAACUUUUAUACGAGCGAAAGCAUUUCUGGUCUUAUUGCAAGUUUUAAUAAAUAGCAGGGAAAUGUUGCUACUCAGCUGUCAAGCAAGGCUUGUGAUGUAUAUUGAAAGAGACAGCAGAAAGACCACAGCAGGAAAAGAGCAGCAAAGCGGCAAUGAAUACCUGUCAAAAUGCCUGGAUCUUCUCAUCCAUCACAUUGUACGGGAGCUGCCAGGGAUUCUAGGUGACAUUCUCAGUACCUUAACUAGUGUCUCUGGACGCAAACACCCAUCAACAGUUCAGGCCAAACAGCUGAAGAUGUGCCUUCCCAUGAUGCCUGUAGUGCUUCAUCUUGUGACAUCCCAGGUAUUUCGUCCUCGGAUAGUCACAGAGGAGUUUCUUUUCAACUAUGGGACCUUACUUAAUUUUAUCAGAUCGAUAGAUUCAGGAGAAACAAAUUUGGAUGGAGCAAUAGGUCCAGCUGCAUCGGAAGAACUGAUUAAGAGUACUUUAUCAACAUUUGAAGCAAUAACACUGCAUCCUGCCUUGUUGAGAACCCAUCACUUGACUGUUGAAGGUUGUAUCCUCCCACCACUAGUCUCUUUGGUCCACAGUCAGAAUGUGGAAUGGAGACUCUUCAGUUUGCGGUUGCUCUCAGAAACCACAUCACUACUCUUAAACCACAAGGUCAUGGCUGAGGAGAGAGAGAAGAGCCUCGAGUCAAACAGAAAGCUUCUGUCUCUCAUUAGAGAUUCAUUGCUGCCUCAGUAUGAAUACAUCCUGAUGGCUCCAGACCCAGUACCACUGUAUGCUCUGAAACUGUUGGUGGCCCUGACUGAACACAGCCCUGCUUCCGUGAGCCUUGUGGAAGAAAACCAUCUUUUUCCAGCUCUUUUCCAAGUUAUCUUGGUUUGUCUUUCUGAUCCCCUGUGCCCAUUACAGGGUUCAGUUCCUGUCCCUUCCUUGUGCUGAGCAAGUGGUUCUUUGCUAUCCAUACGGCUACAGGAAGAAAGAUUGUGACCUAGAAUGUUUUUUUUUUUAAAUUUACUUGGUUGCUUUCAAACUCCUGCCUACCAACUGAAACAAUCAUCAGUUUCAACAUCAUGGUAUUAAAUAUGGUGACCGACAGCUUUUGCUCUGCAGUUUGAGAAAGUUAGAUCGGUCCCUCUGGCAGCUGUGUAAGCUCUGCUUGGUGGAUGACAUUGCUUCUAAUUUUCUAUUGCAACGUCAGGUGAUUAGGUAUCAAGCUUGGAAUUAGAUUAAAUUGUGUACAAGGACAAAACUUAUUUCUCUGAGGUACUCUACUCAUUUGUAAAGUAAGCAGCAAAGCAGAAGGGAGGUGCACAAGGGCUGGUUUCCCUUCUCAUUGCUGUGGAGAGCUAAGGACUAUUCUGUAGGCAGUCCAUUAUUUACAUCAACUGAAUAUUGCAAAGUCCUACAUUUGUUUGCCCUGCAAGUUGUUCUGGAGCAGGAUUUAAAUUCAGGGCACAUAGUUAUCUUUAGGGCUCACAUCUGGAUGGCACUGCAGGAGCAUAUUGCUGAAAGCAAACAGUAGUGGUUCUGAUGGUAACAAUGGAGUCUGAGAAAAUGCUGGAUGCCUGAAUAAGAUGCCAUUAAAAAAGGGGGAGAGAGAGGGAUGUCUAAUGCAGUCCAUUUAAUGUAGAACUCUCCAGAGAGAGAAGUGGGGAUUAUUCCUGCUGCCCUCCUUAUUAAAGACUGGUAGAGAAGAUGCUUGUUGGGCAAAUGGCAUCUCCGUUAACAGGCGCUCUGUUACUCAUGAAUACAUUUCUAAUUAUACCUUAAUGAUCUCAGCCACAAACAGGAAAACAAAAAUCUUUGUCUCCCGGAGUGGUUACCUUAGUGGCUGCAGGAUUGGCAAGGCGUAGGUUAUCCAUCUCCUCGCACUAAUCCCAGAGGACUUCAUUGUGAGCAAUGAGACUUGUUUAUGAAGGCGAAUUAAAUUGCUGUAAAAGGUUAUUUCAACAGACAGUUGGGAAAUCAUAAUAAAAUAAUUUAGUAAAAAUGGGAGCUAGAGUAUGCUUAAUGAAACAUGAUUAGAUUUAAUUUUCUUGCUAUUUCAAUCAUUAAAGGUACAUUAUCCUUUCUCAGACCUCAUUUGGGCUCUUUGCCACGGACCCACUUUCAGUAGCAGGCUGAAAGUUGCAUGUUCCAUUAGGAUAUGAAAAUGGCUAAUAACACCACUCUCCUCUCUCUGCUUUUUUUUUUUAAGUUUCAUUUACCAGUUUGUCUGAUAUAUUUCAGCUCUUAUCCUCUUUCAGCCUUUUAUUUCCUCUCACAUCUAUUGUAUGCAUUUUGCAGUGUGAAUAACCAACCGUUCCUGAGGAUAGUUCGAGUGAAAUGAAGUAAAACACUAAUGUCAUAACCUUAAUUACUUUUAAAUGAAGUAUGACUAAUUAAAAUUUAACUCUUUUGUUUAUUACAAACACCUAACAAAAUCAGUAUAUUAGUGAGUUCAUAUAAAACAUGUUUCUGUGCUAUCUUAAUCCUGUAGUGCAAUUUUAUUUUUUUUUAUAUUCUUUUCCUAUUAUAGUGCAGUGGGACAUUGUGUGACAUUGUAUAUGGGAUAAAAUUUCUGUCUGGCCUCUAGUGAUAAUAAAGGUAAUUCCCGAUGGUA